AUUUAACAUAUGCAAUCUGAGUACGGCGGGGUCGUAAUCAAAGGCACCAUUGGGCAAUUAAGAAAGAAAGACGCCGAUCAAAUCAGUUGGCUCUGGUCGACGAUUGUGAGUGGAGAGCGUAAAACAGACAGAGGAAAAUGUCGAACCAAGCACCCAUCGACUACGACAGGCAGUUCCAGGAUGAUUUAGCCAAGGCGACGGCGUUGAGCUUGGAGCAGCAAGCGCUCGAUGACUACAGGCGAAAUAAGAAAUAUGGCACCAACUAUCAAGAUUACGCUUACAGCUCCAAUCAGCGUCGUUACUCGGACGUCCAUCAGUCCGCUGCUGCACCACUGCACCAUGUGGAGCGCUCCCGAACGCCCCCAGCGCAGACAGGCAAUGGCAACAAGGAGAGCGAUUUAAUUUGCUUCGCCAGUCCCACUAGCAAGGAGCCACCACCACCAGAAAGCAGCAGCCCCUUUGAGCGACUCAUAGAGGACUUGCAUCGCAUGCAGACAAGUAAUCCACAAUCAGCGCUGGUUCCAGUAGGACCUGUUGCUGCAGCAACCCCUUUGCCCUUGCAUUACGCACCGCCCCCCUAUGGAACGAUGCCAGCUGCUGCCGGCAUGCAGCUAGUGCCUUAUCAGGCGAUACCACAGCAGCCACAGCAGCGUCCACUGAAUCCGGAAGAGCUGCAGCGGCUUUACAGCAUGCCCAAUCAGUUGGCCCUACAGCCCGUUGCUCCAGUGCGUCCAGCAGGUUUUGUUUACUAUCCCCCAUACGCUACACCCGUCGUGCCCGGCUCGGCGGCUUAUAUGCCACCUCAGUAUCCCGCGCAUAGCUUUGGCUACGGCUUCACUGCGGCCAGCAACGGCGGCAGCACUCACGUCGAUUUUGCCAGGCCACACAGCAGUCCCGCUGCCAGUAGUCAGGCCAAUGUACAUUCCGGUGCAACCACACCAGCUCCAAGCGUGGCAGGCUUCACUGUGCCACGUCGUCACACGCCGCCCGUAGGUAGCUGCCCCUCAGUUGGACCAGCUGUGGUUACCCAGCGCACUGGCAAUGAUUUAAUUGAUCUAAAUCAGGACGAUUACUCCCGUGUGAGCGUUCUGGAGGCAUUUGAUCCGUUGCUCAACGAGAAUACCGGCAAUGAUGGCGCCUCGGACUGCACCUCGUACUACGCGGAGUACGAUCCGUUUGACUUUCUCUACAGCGGCGACAACGGCACCCAGUACUCGGAUCCGAUGUAUGAGGCAGUCAACAGGUGGGACAAGAACAAUGUCAAUGCCAACAGCGGCAACGUCAGCGUCAGCUCUAUUGGCUGGCGCCAGGACUAUUUCACCCAACAGGCAGCACAGAAAUCCUGCCCCACUCCACCAGCAACAGCAGCAGAAGCAGCUGAAACAGCCGUCAGCAUCUCAAACUUGGGCUCGGUAUCGCCUCCGCCGCCGCUGCCGCCGCGCAAUCAACAGUCGUGUGAGUUAGCUGCCCAGUCCACGUCCAGAUCGCAGCCGCCAGCGCCUUUUACAGACAGCUAUACCAACAGCAUUCCGGCGAGCGUCACGCUGGAUCGACGGAAAACCUGCACACGCCUCUACGAAUUGAUCAGCGAGCAGCGCACGGAUGACGCUGAGCUGCUUGAGUUUUAUCAUAUGGUGCGCCAGCUGCGCUCAAGUUAUCAACAUGAGGACAGCGCCACCAAUGUGGGUCACGUGGUGGCCGCCGAGUUCAACUACCACUAUCUGAUGGACACCAGCAUCAAGGUGAUUGUGCAUCCGGCCGUAAACACUUUGCAGCAGCAUGCGCUCUCCAGCUCCUUGGCCGGUGAGCAGUUCAAGGGCUACGGUACACCCGUUACCUUCACUUGUGACAUUGACUCUGUGGUGGCGCAGGUGGUGGCUCAGGCGUUGGCCUCGCUGGAAGGUCAGGUGCGUGGCACUGUUACGGACUAUGUAGUGAAACCCAUUGGUCUGCUGGAGUGGCUGGCGCCCACCUCGAAGCUGAGCCAGCUGGAGUGUGUGCACAACAGCUUCCAGCUGGAGAAGGAUGUGCAUCUGGGCCUGUGCCUGCGCAGCGUGGCCAAUAUGCAAGCCAUUGCACGCACUGUCCAAGAUGAUGAGCACGAUGCCGCUCUGCUGCCCGAGCAGCUGCUGCCCAAUGAAGUGGUGCCCAUUGUGACCUACGACAAUAUGAUGAUACUCAUCGAAACACUCGAGAUGGAGAUCGACAAGCUUGAGUCCGCUGCAGAUGGUGUGCCCACGGGCCGCAGCGUCGUCAGCUGCUCCGGCGUAGUGCAGGCAGUUAAAGCCAUUUGCGCGCUGCUGGGCUCCAUUGAUACGCUGGAGAUAGCGCGCUGCAUUGCCGAGCUGAAGCGCAUCUGCGAGGAAGCACAGACCAAAUAUGCGCCGCUAGCGGGUGCCAACAAUCCGGAGAUAGUUAGCGACUACGGCGAGUAUGCGCAGGUGACGCUGCGUCCACGCUCCAUGCUCGAGCAGAUCAAGCUCAAGUGCAAUCAUCUGCGCGACGCAGUCCAGGAGCUCAUCGAGCUCUACGCCAAUGUAUUCCGUGUGGCGUUUUCGGUUAAGAACACAGAGUACGCUACAACACCCAUUCCCAUCUCGUGCGUGUCCAAGCCGUUUGUGGUGAGCAUCAACUGUCUGCAUAGGCCACCACCACAUUGGAAGUAUGAGGACUACUCGCUCUGCGUGCAGCUCGUUUACGGCACGCGUCUGCUGUCUACACCGAAUGUGCUCAGCUGCUCCAACGAUACAAGCGGUGGACUCUUUGCACGCCUUAACUUCAGUGCCUGGCUAACCUUUGAUCAGCAUCCCAUUUGCACGUUGCCACGUGAGGCGCGCAUUACGUUUGUGCUCUACGGCAAGCAGGCGGCCAGUGAGAACGAGCCGAAUGUGGAUACGAAUGGAGAGCGACGACAGGUGACCACCGAGCUGGGCUGGUGCUCGAUACAGCUUUUCGACUUUAAGCGCAGCAUGAUUUGUGGUCCUUAUUUAUUGUCCGUAUGGCCACCAACAACAGAUAAGAUGCUGGGACCGGCGCCGGCGCGUGGUUGUCAUCCACAUCCUGACUUCUGCCCAGUACUGAGCAUCGAAGUGCCGCCCUACGGUGGCCGCAUCGAGUUUCCAGAGCAUCAGGAGGCGCCAAAGCCAGCUCCCUUCUACGAUUUUGCCUCGCUGGACGCCAAUCUGCAGGAGGAACUACUGGAUACAGCCGAGCUGGGCUAUUCGGGUGCCUCGGAGCGUCGCGAAGUGUUCUGGGAGAAGCGUCUCUAUCUGCAGCACUAUCCCAAUGCGCUGCCGAAGGUGUUGCAUGCCGCCCACAGCUGGGACUAUGCCAAUCUUAUUGAUCUGCACUCGCUGCUGCACUCAUGGGCGCCACUGUCGCCGCUCCAAGCGCUGGAGCUGCUGCUGCCACGCUACCCGGAUGCCAAAGUGCGUGAGAAAGCUGUCGAAUGGAUAUCACAGAUGCCCAACGAUCAUCUGGUGGACUUUUUGCCGCAGCUAGUGCAAUCUUUAAAGCACGAUACCUAUGAAGCAUCCGCAUUGGCGCGUUUUUUGCUCUCCAAGUGCUUGGAGUCGCCACGCUUUGCGCAUCACAUGUACUGGCUGCUGGUGCACAGUUUGCCCGACGAUCCGCUCAACUCCAUUGGCGCCGCGCUGGUGGAUCAGGAGUGCGACGAGUCGCAGGUCACUCAAGCACGCUACUACAGACGCAACAAGAUGAUGCUGCGUGCCCUCAUGGCCAUCUGUGGCGAGAAGAUGCUGAAGCGCUUCAUGUACCAGCAUCGCAUGUGUCAGAACUUGACCAAGAUAGCCGAGUCGGUUAAGGAAGCCAAGGAGUCUAUGCGCCAGAAGAGUUUGGCUGCGGGCAUGGAUCAAGUGCAUCAGGAUCUGUUGGAUGAGCCCACUUGCUUGCCGCUAGGCCCAGAGCUGGAAGUAACUGGCGUCAAUGUGCGCAAUUGCAGCUACUUCAACUCCAACACGCUGCCACUGAAGAUUACAUUCGUUGGACCCGAUGCCGAGCCACUGCCGGCCAUCUUCAAGUGCGGCGACGACUUGCAGCAGGAUAUGCUGACCAUACAACUUAUACGUAUUAUGAAUAAAAUGUGGCUGGCAGAGCGUCUGGAUCUUAAGAUGGUUACCUUUAACUGCGUGCCCACUGGCUACAAGAGCGGCAUGAUUGAGCUCGUCAACGAGGCGGAAACUCUGCGCAAAAUUCAAGUCGAGUGUGGCUUGACUGGCUCCUUCAAGGAUCGUCCCAUUGCAGAAUGGCUCGGCAAGCAGAAUCCCAGUCCGCUGGAGUAUCAGAGCGCUGUACGCAACUUUACGCUCUCCUGUGCAGGGUAUAGCGUGGCCACCUAUGUGCUGGGCAUCUGCGAUCGCCACAAUGACAACAUUAUGCUGAAGACCUCGGGUCAUCUAUUCCACAUUGACUUUGGCAAAUUUCUGGGCGAUGCACAAAUGUUUGGCAACUUCAAGAGAGAUCGCACGCCGUUUGUGCUUACCUCUGACAUGGCUUAUGUUAUUAAUGGCGGGGACAAGCCCUCCACGGACUUUCACUACUUUGUGGAUCUUUGCUGUCGCGCCUUCAACAUUGUGCGCAAGAACGCGGAUCUUCUGCUGCAUACGCUGGCCCACAUGGCCACGGCUGGCAUGCCGGGCGUCAACUCCAACGCUGUCACUUACGUGCGUCGCGCUCUUUUGCCCUCGCAAUCCAAUCCUGAGGCAGCGGCCACAUUCGCCAAGAUGAUACAGUCCUCGCUCAAAAGCUGGUUCACACAAUUCAAUUUCUUUUUGCACAAUCUGGCCCAAAUGCGUUUCAACAACGACGAGGGCACGGGUGAACUGCUCUCGUUUGUGCCUCGCAAGUACACCAUGCAGCAGGAUGGCCGCUUGAAGAUCGUCAAGGUGGUGCGAUUCCAGAAGCACUACAGCAUGGAGAAGUAUUACAUGUAUAUACUGCAGGUCACACGUCAUGGCCAGCCGGAUCCUACGCAUUUGUUCAGAUCGUAUCGCGAGUUUACUGAGUUCCAUCAAAAACUAUGCAUCCACUUUCCCCUCGUCAAAUUGAACAGUCUGCCAGCGGGUGUGCAUGUGGGCAGAUCCAAUAUUAAAUCUGUGGCCGAGAAGCGUCUACCUUUGAUACAACGUUUUCUCAAGUCGCUGUUCGAUGCCGCUGAGGAGAUCGCGCACUCUGACUUGGUUUACACCUUCUUCCAUCCGCUGCUGCGUGAUCAACAGGAGGCCAAGCUGGAGAUGCCCAAGAUAAAAGAGAUAAAACGGCAGCCGUCGCGAGAGAAUCCCAAUGACAUUGGCCAGAUACGCUUAUCGCUGCAAUAUCAACGCGGCGUGCUAACUGUGAUGAUACACCACGCCAAAGGGCUGCCCAUGCUGCAGGGCGGUCAGGAGCCAAACACAUAUGUUAAGUGCUACCUAAAGCCGGAUCCAACCAAAGUUACCAAACGCAAGACCAAAGUUGUACGCAAGACCUGUGUGCCCAGCUUCAUGGAAACAUUGGAGUACCGCAUACCGUUGGAUAUUGUGCAGCAGCGCAGGCUGCAGGUUACUGUCUGGUCACAUGAUACGCUGCAGGAGAACGAACUGCUCGGCGGCUUUGAACUGGAUCUCUCCAAGUAUGACCUGCGGCAGGAGCUGUGCGAUUGGUAUCGCUUGGGCUCGGUGCCUAGGAAUUGAACUGUAUGUUCAGUAUGAAGUAUAUGACAAUCCGAUGUGGGUCCAGCGCAAUACUUGCAUACUCUAAAAAAUACCUACUUAUAUGUAUAUGUCAAGUGCCUGUCUUUUCAACGCAAUAAUACUUACAUACUCAAAGUGAUUGUACAUUCCAUACAAAUUUAUAUUAAUUAUAUUAUUUACACUAUUAUAUUUUACUUACAAAUCUAAUUUAAUUGACAUUUGCUAGCAGUGUAUCCAUUUGUACAUAAACAUACUAUUGCACAUAUUUUACCUAGACAAGGCAGUUUAUUGCACAAAUUUUUAUCAGAUGAAAUUACAUACGUAUAGAACAGUAAACAAAAGCAAAUUCUUAUGCAUUCAGGGUGAACCUUAAAGUUUCUCGACUAAAGCAAAGCGCCCAAAGGGCGCUUUUAGCAAAAUUAUUCACAUGCAGUAUUAUAGUCUGUUAAAUUGAAUUCGAAAUUAUGUCGCAUCAUAAUCAAAAUCAAAUAAACUCAUGUCUGUGCUUAGAUCAAAGCACAAUAAGUAAAUCCGCGGAUAAACAAUUACUAAGCACACAUAUCAAGCGCACAUUAAAUCCAAUUUAAAAUGCACUCUUCGUCUCUUUUGUCAUAAAGAGAGCAUGAAAGAGUUGAGAUUCCUAUAACUAAAAUUCCUACUGCCAAAAUGCAGUUUGUGUCCGACAAACUUAACAGACAGUUCGUAAUAGUUGCAAUCCAAAGAAUUAUGAUAUAUAUUACCUAAAUACAUACCAUGUAAUAACUUGACUUGUGCUGUAUUCACUGGGUCACGCCUCAACAUAAACAACUAUAAGCUGUUGCAUACGAAUUGAAAAUGAAAAACUAAAAGUUUUUAUUUUUAUACACCAUGUGACUUAUUGACGAACUCUGAAAAUGUAGGGACAGACUAACUUUAAAUCAAAUA